AUGCCCGUCUUCACUGAAUAUGCCGCGGCGUCGCGCGAGCUUCGUGUCUUGCCUUCUUUCGCGCCCCCGUUACCUCGCCUGACACCUACUAUCUCAGUGGAUAAGGAGACAGAACGAUAUGAAGUUGUGAUUGUCGGUGCUGGGCCGGCUGGAUUAAUGCUUGAGUUACUCUUAGCACGAUAUGGUUUAACAGACGACUCCCUCCUAUGCGUAGACUCUAAGCCUACAACACUCAAGUCUGGACAAGCAGAUGGAUUGCAGCCUCGUACACUGGAGACAUUGAAAUCGCUAGGUCUAGCGGAUGAGAUCCUCACAGAGGGAUGUCAAAUGUGGCAGGUCGCAUUUUGGAACCCCUCGGAUGAUAAAGAGAAGAUAAUCGAACGGACCUCAAUCAUUGCUGAUGUCGCCGUCCCUGCGAGAUUCCCAUACGAAGUCACAAUUCACCAAGGCCGAAUUGAACGAAUCCUGGAGACUGACUUACACCGCUAUUCUAAGCGUGGAGUCCAGAGAAACACAAAACUGCUGGAUAUGAAGAUCGACGAAGAAGGUGACCCGGAGUACCCGGUCUUAGCGGAAAUUGAAACAGAAGGUCACCGACGUAUCGUGCGGUCAAAGUACCUCGUAGGAGCGGAUGGAGCACACUCAAUAGUGCGGCGCUGUAUGGGACUUAAGCUGGAGGGCGAGUCACUGGAUCAUAUCUGGGGCGUGGUGGACUUGAUCGUUGAUACAGAUUUUCCUGAUAUCAGACGGCGAUGCGCGAUUCACUCUCCUGCAGGCUCUGUCAUGGUUAUUCCCCGUGAGCGUAUCGCUACCGGUGAUUAUCUGACACGAUUGUAUGUUCAAGUACCUGGAGAUAUUGAUCCUGACAGUGAAGAUGGAGCAGAUACAUCUCCCACGGAGGAUGCCAGGGCUCGAAGAAGCAAGGUUACCCAGGAGACGAUAUUUGAGAACGCGGCUGCAGCGUUCAAGCCAUAUUAUAUUCGACCAAAGUCGGAGGGUGCGGUGGAUUGGUGGGCAGCUUAUCAGAUCGGACAGCGAGUCACAGACAACUUUUCAGUAAAGGACUCCAAGGGCGUGAACCGGGUAUUUAUUGCUGGUGACGCAUGUCAUACACAUAGCCCCAAGGCUGGCCAAGGAAUGAACGUGUCCAUGAUGGAUUCCUACAAUCUUGCAUGGAAAUUAGCAUAUGCAAUCCAUGGCCUUACGCCCGCAUCCGCUAGCACUGAGGAAGAUCCUCUUCUCGACACAUACCACACAGAGCGACACACCAUUGCCCAACAACUGAUCGGUUUUGACCGUGCAUUCUCAUCCAUGUUCUCAGGCAAAAUUGGUGCAUCAGAAAAUAGCGCUGGAGGAUUGACCCACGACGAGUUCCUCCAGGUGUUCAGUCGAGGCAAUGGAUUUACCAGUGGCUGUGGAAUCGAAUAUCCCGAGAACAUGACCGUUCAACGAGAUUUGAAUGACAGUGCCGAUCCGAUCAGUGGCACUGACUUUCUAUCUGGUAUUCUGCGUCCAGGAAGAAGAUUGCUAAAUGUGCGCCUUGUUCGACAUGCUGAUGGGUACCGUCGUGAUUUACAAGAUGAUCUUCUGUCGACUGGCCGAUUCCGUAUCUUGUGUUUGACCUCGUCGGACCUGCUGGAUCCUCAAGGCGUGUCUGCUAGAGCGCUAACCAAUAUCGGUUCUAUUAUUCCCCAGUUCCCUCCCUCUGUUCUUGAGCAGGUUGUCAUUCACCCUCAUCUCUCCCGGGACUUCUCAUGGAAUGAUAUACCCGCAGACGUGAAGGAGUAUUCGGAGAUGUCAUUUUACAGCGGGUAUGAGUUGGAUGAUGUAUAUGCGACGUAUGGCGUGGAUCCCGCUAAAGGUGCACUCGCUAUCGUUCGACCAGAUGGAUACAUUGGUGUCAUCUCUGAGCUUGGUGAUGUUGAACGCGUGAAGAAAUAUUUGAAGACUCUGAUUCGAACAGUCUAG